UUAGAACUUCAAAAAGAAAAUUUUCCAUCGGACAUGCUCUUAGCUUUUUCUGUUUCAGUAGUAUUCUUAGUGGGAUUAUUGGUUGUUAUAUUUUAAUGGAUUUGAAAAUCCGAACUAAAUCUAGUGUUAUUAGUUUUAUGAUUUUCAAAUCUGUAUUAAAAUAAUGUGUUAUUGGUUUAAUGAUUCAUAAAUUAUAUAUCAAAUCAAGUGUUAUUCAAUUGUACGGAUUUAUUAAUAAAUUUGAUUUAAUAAUGGAUUUUUGAAUAGAUUUUUUUGGAUUUUUUUGUUAAAAAUACAAAGACUCAAAUCUGAAGGAAAACCUUCGGAUUUGUAAAUACUAAUCCGAAAAAAUUUAAAAAUCUGUAUAUUUUACUUAGAUUUAUAAAUACUACAUGAAUUUCUAAAUCAAUCAAAAUAUAUAAACCAAUAAUAACACACUCAUUUGAGCAAAAAAAAGUCAUCGAGUCGAAUAAGGCCACUUCUCUCUGUUCCAUGAUAGCAUCUUGUGCUUUAAGGGAGCUCAUCAAGCCCCAACUAAAUUUCUGUCUCUUCCUCACAGUUUGCUUAACUUGUAGGCAGCCAUAUACAAUUUGGGUGUCAUUACUUGCUUUUCUUUUUUCCACUGUAAAUCUUAUGCCGAAAGUUAAACUAAUUUCAAAAAUAUAUGCAACGAUAGAUGUUUGUUAUUCAAAUUAGAAGGAUUUUGGGUUCAGCUUUUGUUUUAUUCUGGUAAAGUUAGCUAUUAAUCAUAACGAAAAUAUAUGCAAUUUAAUUAGUUUUGUAAAAAAUAUUGCAAACAUCAUAAGAACUUUUGUCUACCGGACGAGAGUAAGAUAACUAGAUGACGUGUAAAAAGUUCAAUUGUUUGAGUGACGAGGAUUACAGUCAGAGAGAGAAGGCCGUACUACUUCCGCAUCAUACGGACAGAACCUAAUGCUGUGAUCUGUACGGUUUUUAAAAUAGUAUUCACAGAUAAGUCAAUUGAAUUAUCAUUAAUGUAUGUUAAUUGUUACGUAAGUCAAUAGUUAGCACCUAUCAGAACAAAAAAAAAUUAUAACAUUAUAUGAGCACGUUAAGCAUCAACCACUUUUCUGGUGAACAAGCUCCAGCUCCACGUUCAUCUUACCUGAAAAUUGCCGUCAUUCAAAAGUACAUAUCUCUUUAACCCACAACUUUUGACUCUAAUCUAUUUCACACCGUUUACUUUUGAAUGUAGCCACUUGAAGUCUAUAUUAGUGUUUGUUCACUCCAAAAGCCCGUAUCUACCCAAUCCAAACUAUGUUGAAAAGCCAAUCUAAAAUCAUAUCUGAAUCUUUCAAUUUGUCUGAUUCGCAUAUUAAACUUGAACCAUUAGAAAAAGGCAAAAAUUAUAAUAAAUAUUUUGUUAAAAUAAAAAAAAGAACUUAACAAUAAAAAGAUAUACAAUGUUAUUUAUUUUGAGCAACUUAAAGACAUAACCAACCCAAACUGGUUUAGGUAUCAAUUCAUUGUAUAUAUAUAUAUAUAUAUAUAUCUCUUAACUAAACCAGAACAGUAAAGGCUAUUUUCUUAUAGUAUAUGCUAACUUAAACAAUUUCUUAAAAUUGCCAACUUUGUUUAAUUCCAAUUUUCUACUCCCUACUUUCCUAAAAGAUCCAUGUUAUAGUUUUUUCACACUUAUUAAGAAAAUAUUUAAAAUUAUAUUUUUCAAUACAUUAUUUUUCUUAAUUAACUAUUCUCAAUAACUUUUAACCAAUGAGAUUUUAUUAAACACAAUUGUAUUUUUUGAAAAAUAUAAUUUUUCAUUAAUUAAUGUAAAAAAUGUAUCUUUUUAAAAACAAUUUUUUUCCUAAAAAAUAGAUCUUUAAAGAACAGAAAGAGUAUUUUUUAACAACCGAGUUCCCAAAAAAUGUAAGUAAUAACAUAGAUUAUUUAAUUUUUUGAUCCGUUAUAUCCAAAUGAAAUUAACCAACUUGAUAUGCAGAAGAAAUUAAUAUACCAUCUAAGCUGUUUGCAUUCUUAUUUUAACAUAUAUAUGAUGCUUUGAAAGUCUACCAAAUUGCAAUAAGAUAAGCCAUGGACAUUAACUUUUUUGAACAAAUAUAUAAGAAGUCAAUGAGCCAUUACUCAUGUUAGGAAAGAGUUUUUUUUGUCUGACUUCCCCACAAGAUUUGAAUUUCAUAACCUAUAAACAUUGGACUUUUAUAGUUGCCUUCCCUACAUGAGAAAACAAUAAAACUAAAACCAUUGGAAACAAAAACAUUAUUAAACCUUAAUUUGUUAAAUGGUCACUUGUAAAACCUCUUAAGUUUAUAAGAUUACAAGAACUUAAAAUCAUAAUUAUCCAAAACAAAAUGUGACGAGUAUAGAAGUUAUGCAUUGAGAUGAUACAAUAUUAGGGAAGGUUAAAGAAAAUCAACUUAUCAUUUCGUUUAGUGAGCCAUGAGAAUAUGCGAAUAUCUUGCGAAAUUUUCUAAAUAACCUAUGUAAGAUCUAUAAAGUUCAGAAACGUUAGAGCAUUUUUGUGGGAACUUGUUUUAAGAUAAUGAGUCGACCACAUGGAAUGCUCAAGAGACAUAUUUAUAAAUUGGUAAUGACAUUUUCACGCUUUUUGCCAUCGUUGAUGUGUACGGACCAUUAGGCUUUUUUUAUAGCUAUUGUCAUUUGCCAGCGGAACGCCAACUGUAAACUUAUGCAUCUCUACCGCGAUUUUAGAGAAAAUACCAUUAAAUAAUAAUAUAUAUUUUUAGCCUUGCCAAGCCCAAAAAAUUUUACUCACUUUUUUUUUUUUGUAGAUCGCAUAAUUUUCCUUUCCAUAUUUUGAAAUUCUACUUGCACGUCCGUUCGUAUAUUUUUAAAUUUGAUAACUGUAUUUAAUAUUAUUACAAACGUUUUAUUUAUAUAAUUUGCAUUUUAGUGUUAUGUAUUGUGUAACUCUAUAAUAUUGUUGUUUAUAUUUCUUAUUCGGAAUUAUUAUAUAUAAUGAUUUGCUUAAUAUAUUUUACUUUGAUUAUCAAUUUUUUUACUUACUAAUAUAUUUUUAUAUUAAGUACAAUAAAAUAACAAUAUGACAUAAUUAAAUAGAGAACCUCCUUCAAAAUAUGUUUUUUCUUUAAUUUAUACAUUUCUCAUAUAUUACAUCUUUAAAUUUAUUUAUAUUAUAGAAAAUAAAUAUGUUUAAAAUAAUUUAUACUUACAUGUGUUUAAUUUUUUUUAACAUCUAUCAUUUUAGUAUUUUACGAAUUUAUAAGUAAAAACACUGUAAAGUUCAAAAUAAAACAAAUUUUCUUUUUCUUAUACAUUUUUACUCAAAAUCAUUAAAUUUCGUCAAACAAAAAGUGUAAAGAUACUACAAAAUCUUCCAACUUUACGAGGUUGCUUGAAAUUUUCUCAUUAAAUUUGAUAAAACCUUACGGUUCCUGGAAUAUAUAUAUAAAUCUUUACCUUUCUUAUCAAGAAACAAAAUAACUAAAUCAAAAACCCAUAAACCGCAUUAGUCUGAAGAGAAUUAAUAUAUUUUCGGGUUAGUCAUUUCUCUAACAAGUUCUUGCAUCGCGUUGUCGGGCAAAACUCAAGAUAUAAAUAUGGUACACGUAUGAAACGUACGUAAGUAAAUGAUCAAGCACGUAUUAUUAGCAGCUACAUUAUGCAUGACGAAUAUGUUUACUUCUCAAAUUCUAAAACUGAUAAGCCUUUCCUCCGCCAUUAAUAAUCAAAGUUAGAAGUCAUAUAUAAUUAAAUGCUGCUAUCAUCCAACAAUUGUUUUUAAUCAUAAUUUGGUACUUUUUCUUCUGUUAUUCAAAUCUCAUCUUUGGACCCAUCUUACCCUACCCACCAGUUGAUAUUCCCUCUGGCUCUAUAUAUAGUUAGCAUUUGUCAAUCUCUCAAUUACACCAAACACACAAAAAGAGCAAUAAACCUUCUCUUCUCACCCACUCAGAGUCUUUCAUCUCACUCUCAAACCCUAAAAUGGCUUCUAAUGAAGAAGGCUCUAUUGGAACCUCCUUGCAUGGAGUCACAGCAAGAGAACAAGUCUUCUCCUUCUCCGUAGAUUCUUCAUCCCAAACCCUCCAAUCAGACGAUCCAACCGCUAAGUUUGCCCUUCCGGUUGAUUCCGAACACCGAGCCAAAGUGUUCAAGCCACUCUCAUUUGCUAAACCUCACAUGAGAGCCUUUCACUUAGGAUGGAUCUCAUUCUUCACUUGCUUCAUCUCAACCUUCGCAGCGGCACCAUUAGUCCCCAUCAUCCGUGAUAAUCUCGACCUGACCAAAACUGACGUCGGAAACGCAGGAGUUGCCUCCGUCUCCGGUGCCAUUUUCUCAAGGUUAGCCAUGGGAGCCGUUUGCGACCUCCUCGGUGCACGGUAUGGAACCGCCUUCUCCCUCAUGCUAACCGCUCCAACCGUCUUUUCAAUGUCGUUUGUGACCGGCCCUGUCGGAUACUUAGCCGUCCGGUUCAUGAUCGGCUUCUGCCUGGCCACGUUUGUAUCGUGCCAGUACUGGACCAGCGUCAUGUUCAACGGCAAGAUCAUAGGUCUAGUCAACGGAUGUGCUGGCGGGUGGGGCGAUAUGGGCGGCGGAGUUACUCAACUACUCAUGCCAAUGGUCUUCCAAGUCAUCAGGCUCGCUGGAACCACUCCAUUCAUGGCUUGGCGCAUAGCAUUCUUCAUCCCUGGCUUUCUUCAAGUCGUAGUGGGAGUUCUUGUCCUCACUCUUGGCCAAGAUCUCCCCGAUGGUAACCUUAGUACCCUUCAGAAGAGUGGUCAAGUUUCUAAAGACAAAUUCUCCAAGGUUUUCUGGUUUGCGGUGAAGAACUACAGAACAUGGAUUCUAUUCGUUCUUUAUGGAUUUUCCAUGGGAAUUGAAUUAACAAUCAACAACGUUAUCUCCGGAUACUUCUUCGACAGGUUUAACCUAAAGCUUCAAACAGCCGGUAUUGUAGCAGCCAGUUUCGGAAUGGCAAACUUCUUCGCCCGUCCCUUCGGUGGCUACGCAUCUGAUCUAGCAGCCCGGCUUUUCGGCAUGAGAGGUCGGUUAUGGAUCUUAUGGAUCUUUCAAACAGUAGGAGCACUCUUUUGCAUCUGGCUAGGUCGUGCUAGUUCACUUCCGAUAGCAAUACUAGCAAUGAUGCUCUUCUCAGUCGGUACACAAGCCGCUUGUGGAGCCCUCUUCGGUGUUGCACCAUUCGUCUCGCGCCGCUCACUAGGGUUGAUAUCGGGACUAACUGGCGCGGGAGGAAACUUUGGUUCCGGUUUGACUCAGCUGCUUUUCUUCUCAACUUCUAGGUUUAGUACGGCGGAUGGACUCUCGUUGAUGGGAGCUAUGGCGGUUUUGUGCACCGUCCCGGUUGCGUUUAUACAUUUUCCGCAAUGGGGAAGCAUGUUUUUGAGACCGUCGAGUGAUGGAGAAAGGUCGAAGGAGGAGUAUUAUUAUAGCUCUGAGUGGACAGAGGAAGAGAAACGACAAGGGUUGCAUGAAGGAAGUAUCAAGUUUGCUGAGAAUAGUCGGUCUGAGAGAAGCAGGAAAGUAGCUUUGGCUGAUUUUCCGACACCGGAGACAGGAACUCCAACUCAUGUCUGAAGACAAACCACAAGAGAUGUUUACUUAUUAUAGCUAUAACCAUUUAAUCGUUUCAUUAUAUUCCCGUUGUGAUGUAACUUAUGUGUAGUGAGUAAGAUCUUUGCUUUGAGUAGGUAAGGUUCGAUGAGCUCGGUACUUAGUAAUGUUGUUUCAAUGAAAGGGAAAAUAUUCUACAACUCUUUUUAUAUAACAAAGAAAAGCUUUUCGUUAGUCAGAUGUUUAAGAGUGCAUAUGAAGAAAACAUUAUGAACAUAGACUACGGUAGAAGCAAUUGAAAGACUUGAGUUAUCUUCAAACUAUAUUAACAGAUGAGACCAAAGAAUCUAAAGAGGUUGUAAGAAACUAAUAAACAUGAAAACCUGAUGUUGACUUAGGUUAUCUUUGAGUUAAAGAAACUAGCUGUCUCAGAUUUGCUUCAGGAGCUUUGCAGCACCAAGAAUCGUGGCUACGAACUGCUAUAGAAGCAACCGUUCAGCUAAAUUGCAAACACACCAAGAACCACUUAUUAGCUUUAGUCAGAUUGAGUAAAUAACAUAAAAUCGUCAAAAAAAUCCUGCAAUAACACCACCAAAACCGUUCUUUGUUUAAGAAUCAAUGUUUUCCAAUGUUGUACCAUGGUUUUAAUUAGAUAUGUGAAGAAGAGAUUAGGAUUAGUGACCCACAAAAAAAGAAGAAGGUUUCCUCACACAAUUGAGGCUUUACUUAUUGUGAAUGUAUCGGUUUAAGAUAAAGAACAUGGCAUCGAUUAAACCAUGUGUCUACCACUGCGUUCCUCUAAGAAGAUAAAAUUCACAUUUAUCUAAGAUGUUUCAAGGUAUAUGCAUUUAAAAACCAUUGAUGCCAUGUUCAUAUCAUGACUUCCCGUGGUAAUAGGUUGGCUCAACCUCGAUGAAACGUGGUUUUGUAAAAUAUGUAAAGCAUAGAUUAGGACCAAAGAAAAAAAAGGAUUGUGUCACACAUUCAAGACCUCAGUUGUAUGUAUGUAAGGCCGCAAGGGGGUUUAGAAAAAUUAACAAGGCAACGAUCGUUUUAGUUCUAAAUGUAAUUUAUGUGUUUGCGUCUGCGUUUAUAUGAAGAAAGUCACAUAUUGAUAUAUAAAUAUUGUAAUAUACUUUUGCAAAUGGUAAACCAUACAAACAUCAUUUCCAUUUGCGUCUAGCCUUAGUUUACAGUGAACAAGCUGUUUAAAGGGUUGGUUCAUUUGAAAAUAAAAUUAUACAUUGAAUGCUCAAGUAACUUUUUUACAGUUGUGCUUUACAUGUUUGAUGCAAUCAAGUUCUGUUCUUUCUAUGCAAUCCAUAAUGUUGAGAAUCUGACGCUGAUGUAAAUAAGAAACUCAUUCUCGAAGAUGAUCAUGAUGACUGAUCAUGAACAUGUUAGGUCUUAUCGAAAAAUUUCGUCAGCUUUUGUGUUCUAUUCAUCUUGUAGAUAGACUGUAGAAUGUAGUCAGAUUCACGAGUGUACAAGUGGGAAGAGUUAUCCUUGUAAAUAGAUAAAAGCUGAUUUUACUUGGAAGUUGAAGACCUCCAUACAAGUAAAUGAAUUGUUGUUCAUCUGAUAUGAUGUAUCAUCAAGAUCUUCAUCAUACCAUUAGCUUUGUAGUUUACAAUAAAAAUACAUAGAUGCAUAUGCAAUUUAACUAUGCGUAUUUUUAUUUUAUUUUUUGCUAUGUGCAACAAAAUAAAAAAUUGCCUUAAUAAGAAAUGUGGCAUUACAUGUUCCCUAACCUUGAUUUUUGAGAUAUUGAUGAGUUCAUAUUCGACACUUAUUUUUUCAAGUGUCCUUGGUUAUAAUGAAAUGCAACUCCAAUUUGUUUUUGCUAGUUGACGAUCUAUUUCCCCCUGAGAAGUAUCAUAUAUCACUAGAUACACACAGACUUUUGAUCCCGUUCUAUUUCCCCACAAAAUAAAAGUUCGAAUCCUAUAUCCCCCCAAUUUGAAAGAUCGAGUUCUGUUUCCCCAUACCGUCGAAGUUAAACAUUGCAAUACACAUAGGUUUGGAUUAACACCGGUUUACUGUUUAUCAUUUAACCGUAAACCUAUUGUUGCCCAACAAAAACCGCGAUUUAACCGAAAAGAUCCGUUUAAGAUCCGAUUAAAACCUGAUUAAAACCCGAUUAUAACCCAAUUGUUAUUGGUUUAACCCGAAAACAUAAACCCCCAAAUCCCCAGUGUUCUUCAUCGACAAAGAAACCUAGAAAGAUUUACAAGUAGAAAAAAUGGAGACGGUCAGUGAAAACACGAUUCCUUCCCUUAGGGAUGAAUCAGACGACGAAGAAGAGAUGGAGAGACACGCUUUCCGGGUUGAAGAAGAUGUAGCUGCAUUCAUCAACGAACCUCCCAUCCGACAUAACAUCUAUCCCGAUACCGAGAAUGAUAGUGAUACAGAUGAGGAGGAAGAUGGUGAAGAACAACAAAUGAAACGACAGAGGACAAGAGAGCGUUAUCGAAUUAGAAGAGGUGAUGGGAAUCUCUUCGAGGGCCAAGUAUUCUUCAAUGGAGUUGCGUUCAAAGAGGCGGUAUUGGACUACGCUCUAAAGACUGGUCACAAUAUCAAGCAGUAUAGGUAUGACAAAACCAAACUUGGUUUUAGUUGUGUUGGUCGGAAUGUGGAUUCACACUGUCAGUGGCGUGUUUAUUGCUCGAGUAAAGGAGAACCAGAGAGAUGGUAUGUUAAAGUGUACAAGAAUGAACACAGCUGUGUUCCAAAUGGAGAAUGUGAGAUGCUUAAGGUCCCUGUGAUAGCUAGGCUGUUUGUUGAUAAGAUAAGAGAAGAACCAAAAUAUUUCAUGCCAAUGAAGAUAGAAGAACUGAUCAAGGAGAGGUGGAAGAUCACGGUUUCUAGAGCACAAUGUCAAGCUGCUCGAAAUAAAGCAAUGGGGUGGAUUCAGAAGGAGUAUGAGACUCAGUUUGCUCGAAUCCGAGACUAUGCUGCCGAGAUUCUCGAGUCAAAUAUCAACUCUUCGGUGGAAGUCGAGACCAAGAGAAAUGAGGAAGGAAAAGAUGUGUUCGACCGUUUCUAUGUGUGUUUCGAUGUGCUUAGGAGGUCAUGGCAGGCUACAUGUAGACCUCUUAUUGGGAUGGAUGGCACAUUCUUGAGAGAGAAAACUAAAGGACAGUUGUUAGUGGCUCUUGGUCGAGAUGGGGAUAAUUCAAUCUACCCCAUUGCUUGGGCAGUUGUUCAAGUGGAAAACACUCCAAAUUGGGUGUGGUUUGUGAAGCAUAUCAAGACAGACUUGGGUUUAGGACAUGGUGAUGGAUAUAUUAUGGUCUCCGAUCGUCAGAAGGUAAGCUUUGAUUAUCAUGUAAUUUUUUUCUAAAAAUAUAAUUUUCUUAUGUUUGUGUGUGGUCGGUUUCAGGGACUGAUCAAGGCAGUUCAGUUGGAGCUUCCGAAGAUGGAGCAUAGAAUGUGUGUUCGACACAUUUAUGGAAACGUGAAAGCUAAACAUGGAAAGAAGAGUGACAUGAAGAAGUAUAUUUGGCAACUUGCUUGAAGCUACAAUGAGGCGGAGUACAAGGAGAAUCUAGAUAGGCUGUUCAACUACGACUCAGAGGUGUAUGCAGAUGUGAUGAAGACUAAUCCAAUGACUUGGGUUAGAGCUUUCUUCAAGUUGGGGAACUAUUGUGAGGACGUCGAGAACAACUCAACUGAAUCUUUCAACGCCUCCAUUGUUUCUGCCCGUGAAAAGCCAAUGGUACCAAUGUUGGAUACCAUUGCGCGUCUUGCAAUGGUGCGUAUCGCUUCUAGAUAUCUGAUUGCUCAAGAUCACAAGAGCAUAUGCACACCUUACGUGGUUGAUAUACUCGCUUUGGAGCACAAAAAAGCAUCACAGUGUACUGUUUAUAGAAGCACAAAUGGUAUGUGGUUGGUGAAUGUUGAUGCUUGUUCUUACCGUGUCAAUUUGGAGAAGCGAACAUGCACGUGUUCCAAAUGGGAUAUCACUGGGAUCCCUUGUGAACAUGGAUACGGUGUCAUCUUGGAUAGGAAACUAGAGGCUGAGGAUUUUGUGUGUCACUGGUUUCGGACCACAAUGUGGAGGAGGACAUACGAAGAAGGCAUAACACCAUUAAGAGGAGCACGAUUUUGGCCAACUUCUUCAGCCCCUGAAGUGCAUCCAGCUCCUGAGCCAGACCAGCCUGGUCGCAAAAAGAAGAAAGACAACAAAAGGAAAAAGGGCAAAAAUGAGUCUCCUGUGAAGAAGAAACCGAAGACGUUGAAGCGCAUUAUGCAUUGUGGACUUUGUGGUGCGCCUAACCACAAUAUUCGUUUUCAUAAGGAGGGACCCCAUAAGAAGGUAUGAUUCAUUUUUCAUAUCCUCUAUAUGGUUCUCCUUUCAUUACUUACAUAAGACUCUUUUUUUUUAAUCUUUAUAGGCUCCACAAGCUGAACCAUCUCAAACCUUUGCUAGUCAAGGUGAAUCCUCUCAAGCUUGAUGUUCUUUAGCGGUAACUACAGUAGGAAAGGAAGAGCAAGAAGUAUUUUUUGGGUUGUGUCUUCUCUCUUUUUUCGGCUAUUUUGUUGUUGUCAUCUUCAUGGUUGAUGAACAAGAAUCCUUCUACUUAUUUUGGUGUUUUCUUCCUUAUGUAUGGACAUGACUCGAUUUAUAACCAAGAAGUUACCAACAAUUUCAUUCAUUAAACAACAUAAAAAACGUCAAGUACAAGAACAUACUACUUCAUAGCAUUAAACAACAUUUAUCGAAAUGAAAUCCAUCACACAAGCUUAAUGAUGACAAACCCAACAACACAAGCUAUUACAAUACCAGCACACAUCUUCUUCAUGCUCCAUUUCGCUUCCUUUAACACUUCUUCCAUCUUGUCGAAAAGCUCUAUCUCUAGCUUCAUCUCCAUCUUCUCAAAUACCUUCUUCUCACUUUCUCCUCGUUCCAUCAUAACUUCUUUCACCAAUUCUUCAAGAUUACUCAUUUUGUUCUUCAGAACAUUAAUCUCUUCUAACAAUGCCUCAUCCACCCACUUGAAGAAAUGAUUAUCAUUCUCAAGCUAAAAUCGAUCAAUCAAGUUAAAAUCUGAGUUAUUGCACAAUCAAAUCAAUAAGAGUAAGCAUUACCUUUUUUGAAACAGCAUAAGAACACCUAUGGUAACGACGAUACGGAUUUUUGUCUGAUCUUGACAUCAAAGUCAAGAUUUCAUAUCCGCACCAACACUGUUUUGGGACACCCACGACCCUUUUCCUUGAACGCACCAUUGACGACCCACUUGAAGCUCCAGAAACAUCACUCAUCUUUCAAUUUCUCUUAUAUCUCCCACAAAUCAAUUUCCCCAAUUCGAUUUGUUAGGGUUCGUGACUGUAAUUGUUUUAGGAAUCGGGGAUUUUAAAGACUAGGGUCGGGUUUUCAAACGGGUGUGGUUAUGUUUAAAAUGGGUUUAUUUUGGUUAGCUACUGGUUCACCCAAGUAAACCAUUAAAUUCGACGGUAUGGGGAAACAGAACUCGAUCUUUCAAAUUGGGGGGAUAUAGGAUUCGAACUUUUAUUUUGUGGGAAAAUAUAACGGGAUCAAAAGUCUGUGUGUAUCUAGUGAUAUAUGAUACUUCUCAGAGGGAAAUAGAUCGUCAACCCUUUAAAAUCUCAUGCAUGCUUUGUAUGUUGAAGUUUUUGUUAUGCAAUUCUCGUACGUCUUAAUCUAUAGUGUUAUCUGACUAUUUAUUUUUAUAUAUAUUUUAAAACUAAGAAAGUUUAAAUUGAAAUAUAUGCAUGUAUUAGAUUUGUAUUGUUUAUAAUAUUUUGUAAAUGUAUUGAUGCCACAUAUACACUCGUUCAUAUAAAUACUUUAUGCAACCUAGGCUAAAACUUAAUGUAAAAGUUUAAUCAUUGACCCAUAUUUGUCAAGUCAACCAUAUCGUCUGGUCUGGGAGGAAGAUUAAACCAAACCAUCAAUUACGUUAUGUCUCCGUUUAAUGUAUUCAUAUUGGAUUUGAAGUGUUUUUCCAACGAAGAAGAAACUUCAUCGUCCUUUCAUCACCCACUCAUUGUAAAAGAAUUUUGGAAAUUAGUGUCUAGAAAGAAAUCAAAUCAAAUAUAAAUUCCACAAAGUACCAAAGAGAGAAAAAAAAUGUGAAGAUGAAGACAGAAAAAGGGCAAAGGGCUAUGGCAUUGACUCCUAGAAAGGCUUCAUGUUUUUCUCUUUUCCUCCCUUUUUCAAUUUGAUUUUUUAAUUAUUUUCUCAUUUUGUGGACCUCAUCAUUACCUCCUUGUGCAAGAAGGUGUUGUUGUGAAUAGACCCUAUGUCUUGUAUACUUUUAUGUAUAUCCACAUGGUCAAUUUGAUCAAAAAAAAAAAUCCACAUGGUCAAUUUUUUUGUGGAGCAAGGAUAAUAAUAUAAGCAAUGAAUCAAAUAGUUUGAAUAUGAUUUAUGUAUACCAGUGGCCGACGUGAUGGAAGGUCGAUCCUCAAUUUGUAAAAUUCAAUAGGUUUGUCUUCUAUUUACUAGAAAUCUUGAUAAUAAAAAGCUAUAGUAGUGUUAAAGAAAAAUCUAAAUUGUUUUAAAAUGGUUGGAAUUGGAAAGGAAAAAAAUCAUUUUUUUCAAGGAGAUAUGUUGUCUCUGAUCCAUUGUUUCCGUAUUAAACGAGGUUAGAGCAAAUAAAUUAAAUCUAUAAUAUUGUAAUGUGUUGUUUAUUGAGUGUGUGUUUAUUACAGAACUAAUUGCUACUCCCUCUGUUUUUAAAAGAUAUAUAUUCUAGAUUUUUCACAUAUAUUAAGAAAACUCAUUAAAUAUACAUUGUUUUUUGUGAAUAACAAUUUUUUAUAACUUUAAGCCAAUAGAAAUUCAAUAAACAUCAUUAAUUUUUUUGAAACUUACAAUUUUUCAUAAAAUCAUACAUUUAAAAAGUAAACAAUGUAUCUUUUUAAAACAAAUUUUUUUUCCAGAACAUAUAUCUUUUAGGAACGGAGGGAGUAUGAGGUAUCUACACUUCUACUUAGUCCAACAAAUGCAAAUUAUAUACAAAUCCAAAGAUAAUCGCACCCAAACAAAAACUACGCAUUCAACAUUGAUUAACUUAAGUUCGAUGAGCUAAGAAACCAUCAUUUUCAGAUACAUUGUUAUAAAAAAUCUCACAUUAUCAAAAGCGUUGGAGACUUACAAUGCCGUAUGGUAUCACUUAUUUCUUAAGAGAUCAAAAUAGUUGGUAUUCAAGAUUGAGUUAAAACUAUUCUCAUUGCAUACGCGUAUCAAAGGACAGCAACACUAAAAACGGAUAUUCAUUACAAGAAGUUGCUUUCGAUCCAAAACUGAUGGUUCUAUGCUUUAUGAGAUUUAAUCAAAACUUAGUGUUUUGGUUCAAAAAAAAUUGGUUCAAAAAAAAAAAGUGUCAAUGUUUCAUAAGUUUCCUUCCUAAUCGCUGUUAGCUGUUUAUGAGAUGAAACUCUUGAAAUUUACUGCUUGAUAUUUCUUGGUACCUCCAACAAGUGAUAAACUUAAUUACAUCAAUUUAAAAUGUGUUUUAUGAUUGGUUUUGGGUUUUCAAUUCUCUUGAUAUAAGGUCGUACAUCUAAUGCCACCUGCACUGCAAUUAUGUAUAUGAAGAAAGUGCACCAUGAACAAAAAGUUAUAUAUGCAUGUAGUAAAGAAUCCUCGAAUAUUCUGGUUACAGUUUCGUUUUACUUUUGUUUUAUCCGGAUAAUGAUGUGCAUUAUAAUUUAUAACAUCUUCCAAUGUAUUUUUCUCUCUUUAUUUACUUUUCUUUAUCUUUAUCUUUUAUUUUAUGGUCUUUUGGUCCACUUUCCUUGACAUGCCCCCACAUGGUAAGAGGCAAAGACAAUCAUCAAGCCUAAAAAAGAAUCAUUUUUAUCUCUUAUCAUCACUAAACUAUUGGAAAACAUUUAACAUCUUAGUCAUUUUUGGACAAAAUGCUGAACAAACUUCUUGCACUGCAACCAGCUCUAAUUGUUGAUAAAAGGUGUAAAUGAGGAAUAUCAUGUGCCUUCCGUAAUAUAUUUGUUCUCGAUCAUACCCUUCUUAUAUCAACCUGCAAUAACUUACUUGAUAAGUUCGCUUAGAUUAUAACAUUAUUUUCUUGUUCUACCAUUUUUACUAUCUAUAAAACUGAAUCUGUAGAGCAGAGUAUGAAAAUUUUUGAAGAUUAAAAUUAUAUAAAUGAAUCUGUAAAGUGUAUCUAAUAAUUUUUGAUAUUUUAUAAAUUUUUAAAAUAUUUGUUUGUCUAAGGAUGUUAAAAAGAAUUACAAUGUAGUUUCUUACUAUUUAUUUCUUUUGGGUUAAAUAAAACUUUCAAAUAAAAAUUUAACAUUUAAAAUGUAUAAAGUAUAUAUUUUUUUUGUCAUCAUGUAUAAAGUAUAUAAAAUAUUCCAAAUGAAGAUUUGUAGAUUUUACGAUUCAAAUUUUGGCUUAGAUUCAUAAAAUAUUAUUAACCACUUGAAAGAGAGCAUUGAACCACUACUAAUUGAAUUAUUUUCCUCAACGUCUCUUUUUUAACUCUCGUUUAAAUCUUAGUUUUUCUUUUUGUAAACUUCGUUUAAUUCUUAGUUUAUAAUAUAAUUUAAAAGUUCAAGCCUUCAAGUAACUUUGGACUACAAAUAAAGCUUUUUUUUUGGUAAAAUCUACAAUUAAAGCUUCUCGCCAAGCCUUUUGACAUACAAAGGUAACUUUGAAUAUAGAAAAACUUUUAAUUUUUAUAAAGUGAAAAAGGUUUCUUACAAAAAAUAUUCCCACCUGUAAUUGUUGAUAAGAAAAGAAUAAAGAGAAAUGAAAUGUAUAAGCGUGUUGAAAAGCUUGAUUAGUUACUUUUAUGUGAAUUAUUUUUAAAUCCUUUAGUUUCCUCGAACGCGAAUGGAACUUUCCUAGAAAAGAAAGUUGAAAACUAAAAUGUAUGAUAAUUAUGAAUGAUGAUUAGUGGAAUGCAUCAUGUUUGCAUGGUAUGAAGCACCCCGCAUCAUGAUCCCAAAAUUCUUAACACAUGUUUAUGGAUGUAUUAAUUAGUUAACGAUUUUAAUUAAUAUUGAAUGAGAUGUCGCAUCAAACGCACAUGCAUAAUAAAAACAUGAAUACGACGACUAUAUUGAUGUUAAUUUAUUAUUAAUGAUAUUUUUUCCACAGAAAUAAAUAAAUAACUUUUGGCUUUACGUUACCAUAAAAGAGUGAAAGGAAAACAAGUAGUAAUGUGAGCAUUGAUGUCAUGGGUUGGCAUUCACUAUAUGCUGACUUACCUAUUAGAUUCCUAACAAAUAACUAUACCUAUUUUUGACCAAAACUAUAGUUAUUUUGCUUUUCACUUGUAAUUAAGUUCACCGAAGUAAACCAAACCGUAACGUUUGAAAGACCAAGGACAUAUACCAAAUCUAACCUUGGCUAAUCGACAGGUAAACAACAAUAGGUUUCACUUCAUUAUAAUCUAUCAACCAUAAAUUUGAUGUCAAUAAGAACUUAACAAAAAUAGGUUUUGUUUCUUUGGCAAGAAAACACUCUUUAAAUUACAAAAGUAGUUUCAUAUCUCCAUUAUCAGGUAGUUGCUUGUUUUGUUUAGUUGUUUUUUUCUGAGUAGGCAAUGCUACGACUCAUUUACUCUCUCUUAUAAAAAAAUAGUAGAUAUUUAAAAUUGUACUAAUAUAAAAGGACAUGUUCUAGUUCAGUACUUCAGUUUGAUAUAUUAUAUGGGCUCGUAUGUGUCCAAAAAUGAAGGAAUAAUAAUAUAUUCCAACAGUUACAACUUACAAGACGAGAGAGGGCAUGAAGCAGAGGACAAGACUCGAGAGCACUUCCAUCCAACUCAACUGGCUCAAAGUUUCGUAGAGACACCUAAUACCGACAACAUUUCCUCAAAUCCUAAUUUUAUUCGAAAAUUGAUACAAAACUAUAUAAUAAAAAUGUAGAUUUUUUGGUCGAAUUUUUAAAACCACAAAAGAGCAAUUGAGACGACAGGGAUUGCCAAUCAAGCGAGUGGUGAGAAGAGCAAACUACGUAAGCUAAUUUAUUACAAAGGGAAAAGGAAGAGAAUGGUAGUUAUAUAAUUAUGCAUUUAUUAUGUACUUUUGACUCAGUAUUUAUGGACAUUCACCACUGCGCUUUUAAUUUGUAUAAUUUAUUAGUCAUUCAAUUUUUGUUGGUAAAAUUAAAACUCAGUAACUCAUUAUAGGCCAAAAAACUGUGCAGACAGACAUACAACAUGACAACUCUUCUAUGUUUGUACUUAGUAUUACUAGCUAAAAAAGUAGUUAGAAAGUAUAAAAAAUUGUUUUUUUGUCUACAAAAUAAAUUAUAUGUAUAUCUUAAGGUACUUUUAUAUAUUUAAAAAAACAUUAAUGGAGAUAUUUGAAUUGAUUAAAUAUCAAUGAUUGAUAGUUAUAUAAAUAUCUACAUUAAAAUAAAUAAUAAAUUUAGUUAUAAAUUUUUAAUAUGUGUAGAUAGUUUAGAAAAUCUUAUUUACGGAAACUGAAAGAACAUGUAGUUGUCUAAAUAAGUCGUAUUUGGAGAUAAUACACCGCACCAAAAAAAAUUGAUGACUAAUUGUGACGUUUAAUUUUAAUUUGCCGUGUCAUUAUCAACAGUACAACUUAAUUAGAUAAUAUGCUUUUAACUUUAACUUGACAAUCGCAGUUCAGUUCAGAGAUCGGGUGAAUUAGUUUUACAUUUUAGAAUAAAAAAUAAAUUAAAUACAUCUUCUGCACUUUCAAAUUAUCUGGUUGUAUCUUAAAUGACAACAAUCCCUUUUUUUUUUGGAUAAUAUACAGCAUAUAGAAUUGCUGGUAAAAAGGUGUUAGAAUUUAACUUAAAUUUAUAUAUAUUCACAAUUGAAACAAUACCUAUGAAAAUAUCUUAAAAAUUAUUAUUAUUAAACUUAGGAAAUAUUUGCAUGUUUUGACUUAAAAUUAGAAACGAACAUAAACAAAAAGGAGAAAUUCAAAACUGAAACAGUUAAAAAAAAAAAA